GACUUUAUUUACCUCCUCACAGCCGGCUAAUCGAGAGCGGUCUGACGAGCUCUAUCUUCACGAAAGUCAGAGAAGUUUCUUCACCUCUGUUUUUAAACAGGAGAGAUGAAACACAGCCACUGCGUCCCAGCUUUUGUCAGCAAACUUUGGGCACUUGUAGAGGCUCCGUCAACGGACAACCUGAUCUGCUGGAGCCAAGAUGGCUGCAGUUUUCUUGUCCAGGACGAGCAGCGGUUCAGCAAGGAAGUCCUGCCUCUUUACUUCAAACAUAGCAACAUGACCAGCUUUGUGCGCCAGCUCAACAUGUAUGGCUUCCACAAAGUGGUACAUAUGGACGCUGGCUUGCCUAAAGCUGACAGCCAGGUCGAUUGUGUCGAGUUUCAGCACGAGAACUUUCAGAGAGCUCAACCUCAUCUGUUGGGCCUCAUCCGCAGGAAGGUUUCAAUUAGCCGUGGAGUUAAAGAGGGAGGGCAGGUGCCUCAGGUACUCAUUCAGGUUAGUCAUGUCAGAGGCUGGCAAGACUCCUCAGACCUCAAACUCAUGGCUUUGUGCAGGGAUCAUGAGAGCUUGUGGAGAGAACUGGACUCAUUAAAACAGAACUAUCAGCAGCAGCACAAAAUCAUACGUAAGAUUAUAAAGUUCAUCAUCAACAUCGUUAAGUCAAAUGGGAUAAAAGGUUGCAAAAGAAGACUCCCCAUGAUCAACAAUUCUGGGGAGUUUCAGUCUGCGCCGAAAUAUGCCCGCUCUUUCAGUGUGAGUCCCACCCUUACCACUUCCCCCCUCCAAGAGAUCCCUUCAUUGCAAGAGCUGGAUGUGUCACCGGGUGAUGUGUACUCAAAUGGCACGAUCAUCUCUGACUUCACCCACCUGCUGGAUCCAAAACCUGGGCCUAGCAGAGAGCUAGUGACAGAAAGCUUUCCCGCAACUCAAACCACAUUUUUAUCUCCCGCCUCCCCUACUCUGCCCUCCAUGGAGCUGGCAUUGAAUUUGCUAGAUGAACCAGCUGCCCAGGAGUCUGAGGAAAUACCCUCUGAAAGUAAUGAUGUGUCUGAUCCACUGGCACUAAUUGACUCCAGUUUAGCAGUGAUCCGCUCAUGCAUUCCACCCUCACCUGACCUGGACAAUUUCAGCAAGAUUCUUAGUCCUGGCUGCCACAUCUCUGCUGUUAAAGACUCUGACACAAAAACCGAGAGCAAACAGAGAAGCCAGAAUGAAGCCGAUGCGCUACCUUACGCCAACACAGUUACACAGCAGCAGAGCCUGCAACAAAAUGCAGACCCGGAGCAGGAGCGCUACGAUAGUGGAGAGUAUUCAGAUAUCUUACCAUCCCUUCUGCAGCUGGUGCAGGAAGCAUCCAGCCUCUCCUUCAGUAACACUACACUGCCUUUAGAGCUCUCUUUUGUCAUAUAAAACUCUAAUGCAUUUGAUAUUGUGUUGUGGUGGUUGAUAGUAAAAAGUGGUAUCUGAAACAGCCAAUAGUUGAUAGUUCUGUCGUUUAAUGAAAGGCUCAGUAUCAUUAUGCAUCAAUUUGAUAUAUGUCAAUUGUAAAUGAUGUAAAUCAUGUUCAUUUUCUGUCAUGAUUUUUACCAUCAGUGAACUCUAACCUCUCUUGUUGACUCAAGAGUGAUUUCACAACAAACUUUUAGUCUGUUAGCACAAUUUAUCAUGUAGGGUUAAGCAAUAGACAAAAAUGACUGAAAGCACUUUGAAUCAUCUGUCAGUGUUUUUUAAAAUUAGUAAAUGACGGAAAAUUUUCCAUUAAUGCAACCUCUGCAGUGGGUGCUUUUUUAAAGUCAGCAUUUUUGUGUGGGGGGUUUGCCAAGAUUGUUUUAUUUUAAAGGUUUUAUUUAUCAGAAAAUGAAAAACUUAUAAUAAUAGAACUAAUGUGGCAGUUAAAGUUACUUAAGAGCAUGAUAUGCUAUUGAUACACAAUAUACAUAUACAGUGCUGCUUGAAAGUUUGUGAACCCUUUACAAUUUUCUAGAUUUCUGCAUAAAUAUGACCCAAAACAUCAUCAGAUUUUCACACAAGUCCUGAAAGUAGACAAAGAGAACCCAAUAAAACAAAUGAGACAAAAAUAUUUUCUUUGUCAUUAAUUUAUUGAGAACAAUAACCCAGUGUUACAUUUCUGUGCAGUGUAAAAGUGCAAAAAAUGACAUAUCAAAUUGCCUGAUGAUGUUUUGGGUCAUAUUUUUGCAGAAAUAUAGAAAAUUGUAAAGGGUUCACAAACUUUCAAGCAGCACUGUGUGUGUAUAUCUAUCUAUCUAUCUAUAUAUAUAUAUAUAUAUAUAUAUAGAAAAUGUCACAAAAAAAGUAAUAUCAAUUCAUCAUAACAUCUCCCGCAUAUGAUGCAAUAUAUAUAUAUAUAUAUAUAUAUAUAUAUAUAUUAUAAUUUAUAAUCAGUUUGUUUAAUAGUUCAUCAGUAAAUUUCUCCACUAAAAUAAAGGUAUGGUCGCCAACUAUAUGAUGGCAUGGCAUAGAGAUGUUUACAAUUGUACUUGUUGUACUUUAUUGUCUAACCAAAGGUCAGAAUAUAGGCUAUAAGUGUAUUCCUUAAACAUAUUAGUAUAGUUUAUUUUAGGUUUUUGAUGUGUUUUCAUGUAAAAGUGAAUUAUAUAAAAGCAAAAUAAAACGUUCUAAAAUGUU